ACCAGGUACGGAUUUGACAGGAGCGCCUCACAAACCUACGAAAAAAUGGUUCGUUUGCUUCGUCUACUUUCUUUCUUGAAGCUCCAACAAGUGUAGUGGUCUGCGCGACUGGAAGCGAUCCGCAAUGGAUCGCUUCCUGUCGCUGUUGGCUCAAAUGAAGUGGUGGAGGGGGAGAUCGGCCGCACAUUUGAACAACCAUUUUGCCGUCCUACCGGCGAUCAUUCUUGUGCUUCUCCUAAAUUUCGCCACUUCAUUCGUAUUAACGGAAGCCCUGUCCCAGAAGAAGUUUUCGCCGCAGAAGCACGUGGUGAAAGUCCGCGCGAUUUUUCAAUCGCAAUCCUACUUGAAGCCUUGGGAGAAGCCUCCGUACUCGACACAAUCAGAAGUCUUCCACCAGUCAGUGGCCUUUGCUGCCGGGCUGUGCAUCAACCAGAUCAGACUGCCGGACUGUGUGGAUAGCUUUGGAGAAGAUAACUGCGUGAAGGUAGUUGCUGAUAAUAGGAUACUAGUCUUCUUUAAGUGCAUGAGAAUUUGUCGUGCUUGAAUGCUGCAUGGGUUUUUUUCGUUUUCAAGAACAAAUUUUUCGUCUGUCCAUACCGAAACAGCCCGUCCACCGGAUUCUGGUUCCCUACUACGUUGCCGUCGACGCGGUUGCAAUUGCGGUGUAUGCGGAUGAGUUCGAUGAAUUGUUCGCCGUUCCUGAGAUUAUCGACAAGGACUUGCGCUAUGCGCUGCUCAAACUCGUCGCGCGCCGCCCGGAGGAGACGGAAAAAGUGAAGAGUUUCUGGCAGCACCUGGACGCCGCCACACCAGGCGGUGGCCUGGACGUCAGCUUCAACGUGGAUGUGGGAGACGGCAUUCAGGUGUACGGCUUUGCCGAGCAGGGAGCACGGGUCUGGGAGACGCGGGUGUCGGGCGGUGUGGUGCUCCCCGCCGAGUCUGACCCGGGUGCGCUCGAUUCCGACCGCUCGGAUACCGUACGCGUGCUGCGGUUCGGCGUGUCGCCCACGCUUGACGACAGCUACUUGGGCGGGCCCGCCUUCUGUCGUGCGAGCGCCUCCUCUGCUGCGGACAACAAUGCUGGAUCAGCCGGAGGGGCGUCGUCGGCAGUACAACUGGAUGAGGGAAGCAGCGGCGCGGAGUCCUCCUUUCUCGAAACCAUGGCGAAGGUAGAAGAAGUAGAUGAUGAAAAAAAUCCACCAGAGCAGCUUGAUGGGGACGGCGCCGGGGUUCUUGAGUCAGUACAAGCCAUACCAAGGAAGCGCAACAGGCAUCACCUGCUGCCGUGGCGGCCGCAUCGCCGCGGAUUGCUGGCCGCCAAAAACCGGCACGGGCUGUAUAUCGACGGAAAGAAAUCCUGGAAGAGGUACGCGAAGUACUACUCUGCGUCGGCUGCGGGUGGUGAACAAAAUCCUCAAGACUCAAAAGGAACUUCAGUGGCUGGGGUAGCAGGUAGUUCAGACACCGAAGUAGAUGACGGAGAUGCCCCAGACGUGGACGAGGAGGCGCUCCAAGCGCAAGCGCUGAAGCAGUACUCGCUUCUGCAGAAGCUCCAGCCGCCGAGCGGCGUGAUUGUCGUGAAAACGGCGCCACAAGCGCAAGAUGACAGCAACCAAAAUGGUCUGAAAUGGUGCGGGUUCAUGAGCCCCCGCGGACGGGUUUUGACGCCCUUGCAUAACCGUCUGAUCGGGUUCAUCUGGACCAGAAAACGGGUCGGUUUGCCGAUGCUGCGUUUUCUCUGGGAGCCGACCGAAGACCCAAGUUUUCGGGAGUAUUUGGGCCUGAAAGACAUGUUCGCGGACGAGGGUGACGAGUCGGGCGGCGACGGGGAGUCGUUUUUGCAGCAGGAAAAGCAGAUUAUGUUCGAGAAAGCCAGCUUGACGGCGGGGAAAGAGAAGAAGUCGUUCCCAAGCGAUUCUUUUUCGGGUGCUGAUGAUAACAACUUCUUCCAGGGUGAUGCAUCCGCCGACGAAAGCAGUAGCGCCGUCGAGAUCGAGAACCUCAACGCGCCGUUCGGACAGAAGCAAGAGGACGAGAACACUGCAAGUGCCUACGUCAAGCUUCCCCCGAGCUCGCAUUUCCACCGGAAAUUCACACAGAAGCUGCAAGAGGACGUUUUCUCUGACGGUGCGCUCGAGCAGUUUCGACAAAAGCUGGAUGCCGGUGAGGAAAGGUCCCUUCCAUCUGGCGGGAGCGAAAAACUCGCUGCUUUCGUCGAGAAUGUGCAGAAUGUCCUGAACGAAGUCGCCGAGAUUAGUGGAGAGCUCGAGCGGCAUUAUGGAAAUGGAUGGGCUCUGCAGGACGGAGAAGGUCAAAUUUCCGAAGAGGACAAUGACUUUGACGAGGGCAGCACUUUGCAGUCUGCGAAGAAGGCGAAGUCUACUGUUCCAGCAGGAAUGAAUAUGCGGGAGUUCGACGUUUUUGACAAAGCUCUGGAAAGGGACUUUUCCGGGGCUGGCGUUUCAAAUGGAGCAGGAAGGACCAAAAUAAAGGUCAACCUCAACGAGCAGAGCAGCGACGCCCUUGUGAACAUGAACGCGGCGGAUCUCAAAUUGCACCCAGUGUCGAAACUGUUGCAGAUGAGCGACUUGGAUGGUCAGGAAUCGCUGGAGGGCGAUGAUUCGACAUCGAGGCUGCACCUGAAAAGGAAGAUGAAACUUCUAUCCGAUCUGAUGCCCGGGAUGGAGCCAGAAAAUCCGUUGAUGGGCUUCCUGUUCAAGCUGUGGCUGCUUCACCAGCUGGCUAGCGGCGCAAGGCACUCCGCAAUGGUAGGGCCAGAUAUUGGUGAAGCCUCUGGAGUAGCAGGCGACGCGCAGCAAGCAGCGCCGGCAGUGAUCAUCGUGAAACACCGGAGGCCGUCGAAAAAGGCUAAGUGCAAGAGAAAGUUGAAGGAGCUCACGCGGGGCGGGAUUCUCAUCCGUUCGAUGGACCAAAACAGCCCCUUCGCCGGGAACGGCAGUAGCCUGCGCGAGAACUGCAUCCUGUUUGCGCUGGACGGCAACCCGAUUUUGUCGGACGGGUCCAUGCUGUACAAGAGGACGCUGACGCGUCCGACUUGCAAGUGGCGGAAGAACAGGAAUGCUUUUUUUGGCGGUGAAGAGAACGACGAAGGCGACAACAGCCCGCCGAUACCGACAGGGCGCGGAGCGAGCAAGCACAAAGUUGUUAAGGCGAAAUUGCAAAAGACCCGCGCCUCCCCAAGGAAAGAGAACCACGCUCCGAAGGCUAGCGGAGACGCGCAACACGAUACGACGUCUGCGCCGCCGAGUGCCUUCCUUGAAGUGCACAAGGCACUGUUUCCAAUUCCAGUGCCCCCACUGAGCGCAGGCGAAGACAGUGGUGACUCCGACACCGACGGCAGUAGUUCGCCGCUCUACGACAUCUUGAGCAAAGCGAACCAAAAUGAGGAGGCGACAGUGCACCGGACGCCGGACGGUGCCUUGGUUUUCGGUCCGGUUCCGAAGACCAGGUUUCUCGCUUGCAGGACGCAGUUUGGCUUGCCGCUUUGCACCCAGGUGCUCGUUCGCCAUUGCCUGGGGGACGGUGCUGCUGAUUCGGGUGGUCCUGCUGGAAGAUUAAACCCACUGAGUGCGAUUCUUUUUGGGAAAAUGCCGCAACGGCCCCAGCACCUUCUCCUCCAAACGCCUCAAGCCCCACUUACGCUUCGUGACCUACUAUUUUGCGACGGCACGCCGCCGACAGAAGAGCCAGCACCGAUCCGCGUGCCGUUUGACGUAUACGCUGCUAUGCUGGCCCCGAACCAGCACACGCACAUCACCUACAAAUGCUUUGGCUCAGCCACGGUCGAAACCGGCGAGCACGCUCCAAUUUUGGUCAUGCCGCAUGCGAACAACAACCCUCUUGUGCCUGAAGUGCGGCAGCAGGAGCACCAUCCGAGAUUGGUGCUCGUGAUUCGCAGACCACUCAUACAGCCGCCAGGAGGGCAAGAAGGAACAUCAACAGUUCCCGCCGUCGCCGCUCCUGCCGUCCCACAGCAAGCGCAGCCGCAGAAGGAGAAAAGAAAAAGGGAAACCGAAAAACCAUCGCCGGGGGCGGAAAAAAAGGAUGGAUCAGGAAACUCCAACUUUUUCUUUCCGUUCAACAUCUUUAACAGCUUUUUGCAGGAGAAGCAGGAAGAUCAGCACCACGCGAGACCCGCUGAGUCAGUUCCAAGAACUUCGAAAAUCGUUGCGUUUGCACAAGCGACGAAGGUGCUACUGGAGCAGUCGCAAGUCUCCCUCGACGACCAAUCAGAACGGCAAAAUUACCACGAGCACCAGCAGCUGGCUGAAAAAGGUUCGAAUGGUAAAAAGGAUGCUGAGGCAGCCCCAGAAGUAGAAGUACCUCCGGCUUCUGCGCUGGAGGAAAAAGCCGGAGUGCUUAUCCCCGUUGCAGCCCCUGCCGUCGGCGUAAUACCCCAGCCAGUGCUCCUUCCGGUGCCCGUUGGGUUGCCGCACAGCGGGGGUGUAGUGAAAAUUUCGGCCGCCUGUGAGGACGAAGGGGACGCCGGAUCGGACGACUCGGGAGAACAAGAAUCUGCAGAUGAGGAGCAAAAUAACCCGAACAUAAAUUCUCGCGGAAACAAAAAGAAGCGGAAAAAGGAUCUGAUCGGACGGCCGCGGCCCAAGUACGUGAUGCUGGGAGGCAUCGUGUUUUCCACGUGGACGACGGAAAUGUUCCAGGAGUAUAGCAAUCUGGAGCACGGUAGCCCCAUCCGGCUUCCCUACCACGUGAAGCGGCACGCGGAAAAUUCCGCGGAGUGGCGGAGCGCGGCGAGGGGCAACGCGGCCGGCGAGCUAGAUGCGGAGGGUAACUGCAGGCCAGCGAAAGAGUACGUGAUCACGCUCGGCGGGUUUGACUGCGCGUGCAACCGGAACGUGUCGCCCUACAUGAAGAUCAUCGACAUCGUCACGCACGUGGACGGCCAGGAGCCGCAGAACUUCCUGCAUUUCCUCCAGCUCGUGCAGCAGGCGGUGAGCCAGAAGGAGUUUUUGACCUUCAAGUUCCUUCCUUCCGGACUGGACGAACGGGAGGCAAAGUUUGGGAACGACAAAGGUUCGAGUCACGUCUUCCAGGAUAUGGCCCUGCAGUCAAAGUGCGUGCGGGAUUUCUCUGUGACAAAGACCAUCAUGCACACGCACCGCAUUCCCGCGCCGGUGAGUAGUGGGAGGGAAUCGGAUCUGUACCUGCAAAUCGUUCAAGGGACUACAGGGGAGGAGCAGCAAGAUAGCAGAAGGAAUGUUCGUGGCGGGGAUCAGAAGAAGGAAAAGAAGAGUGCCGAGGACCAGGGUGAGCAAGUCCCAGGUGGACGACAAAGCGGAGAUGCGCAAAAAGGUACGGGUAAAGAACAGCGCAGUGAUCAUGGCGCAGAGCAGAGUAAUACAAGCAAAGAAAGCACACCGGAAACAAGGAAAGAUGCUGCAACGUCGCCACCAGCACCGGAACAACGCCCGGACGUCGCAGCACCUCCAGAUAAAAGCACCAGCGGGCCUGCGUCUGACACUCCAGGCAGCAACAGCGAAAAACCAGCAACCUCUGGUCAUGUGAGCGAAGCUACGCAGGACCAGGAAGCACCAGGACAACCAAGUGCGGGCCAGCUAGAGCAGAACCAACCGCCACCGACCUCGUUCUUGCAGGAGCGCAGUGACAGUGCAGACCCGGGACCGCUCCGGCCUCGAGUCGGCGUCGGAAUUCCGGGCCAGUUGGACGACCCACAGUUCGGAGCCUUUUAUCGCGCACUUGAGCGGCAGCCGAAAAGCCGGAACGGAGUCGAUUUGAGCCGUCCGUUCUUCGUGUUUGAGGACGUGACUGGGGACCGCAUUCUGAUUAACCGCUUUCAGGUCUGGCUGCAGGGCAACUCGCCUCAGAUCGAACAGGCCUUGAACUUCCAGCAUUUUUGCGAGCCCCCUGCCGGAACAAGCCAGGGGACCGGAAACACAGAGCCAAGUACUAUUAGCAACCGCCGCAUUUCCGAAAGCAAAGACUUCUGCAUCGCGGACCGCGUGCAGCCGAUCUUCUUUCAUGCGGAGUAUCCAAUUGCGUACGAGCCAAACUUGGGCGUAUGGUUCCGCGUCAAGCCCGAGGAUGCAAAGCGAGUUCAAUCGUUUCUAGACCAAAUCGGCUGGGAACGCGAGUUCGGCCCGCAGCAGAGGAGGCUGGUGCGAUUUAGAUUUUUUGUCGUUUUUCUGCAUUGCGCUAAUUCCUUUUGAUUCAGCAGUGUGAAUAAAUUGCAGACGUCAUAGUCAUGCACUUCCGAUUUCUGCGUCUGCGAUGACACGAUCAGGUCAACAGGAUUUGGAUGACCAAUGCGGAGUUCACGACUGCCCUCAACGCAGCUGUCCCGAGCACGGAGCUACCCGGCUACGACGCCAACAGCGCGCUCGAAGCGGCCUCGUCAGCAAUCGCAAGUCCAACUCAGAAAGGGCAGGAAAAUGAAGAGCAAGAGGAUCAACCGUUGCUGUCAUCUUUCAGCGGGUCAGCAGCCCAACUUUCUGACAGGCGCCUUGUGGAUGCCAACGACGGUGCCGCGACUAGUGUGCCGCGGGCGAGCGUUGCGCCAGAGCGGACGAAAGUACUGGAGGCUGGCGAUUGGGACCGUGCAGCGCCGGAGCUCCAGACUCAGUAUGUGAUCUGCCACCCGGAUUCCAGAAAGAGGAGACGGAACCACGACCACCGUUUUGUUUUCGAGAACAAAAGUCCGCAGUGCAUGGAGAAAUUUCAAGCUGCAAAAUUGGAACAAAAUUUUCCGGGAUACGAGCGCGAGCCGCUUCCGGAAGUACUAGGGGAUGACCUCGGCAGCAGCGGGCUGGUAAAGCAACUGACGGAUCGUGUGAAGAAACUGGAGAAGAUUGCCGAGGCCAGCAGCAACGUCCCGCUCGAGACCGUCGUGGAGUUGGAGAUCAAGUUCGCGGAGAAGGGCAUGAGCUUUUUCCUGAAUCCGUGGGCGGCCUCGACCCACGAGCAGACCAAGCUGUGCGCCGGCGUGGUGAUCCGCAAGCCGAUCCGGCGGAUUUUGACGUGCGCCCACUGCGCGGCGGACGCGACCCUGAUCUUGGUUCGUCAGGGACUGCAAGACGACAUCCGCGCGUUCACCACGGACAUUGCGCACGACCUGGACCUGGCCCUGCUGGACGUGAAGGACGAGUCUUUCUGGUCCAACGUGCCGAUCGCGUUGACCAACGACCAGGACAUCGAGUCACCGAAGUUGCCGCUUCCCGAUUCCGACGUGUACCUCGUGGGGUACCCGCUCGGCGAAACGAGUGUGUCGGUUACCCGGGGCGUGAUCAGUCGCGUGGACGAGCGGGACCCCUUUUCGGAUGAGCUUUUGUCCAUCGGGAAAUCCAUGGGGUCGCGCGUGAUCAACCUGUGGGUCGACGCAGCGAUGAACUCCGGGAAUUCGGGCGGUCCGGCCUUCGACAAAAAGGGCCGCUUGCUCGGGGUGGCGUUCGCCGGCAUGCCGCAGCAGCAGGGCGUCGGGUUCCUGGUCCCAAACGUGCUCGUGCGGCAAUUCAUCUUGGCAAGCAGCAACCCGACAAAAGCGGAGCUUGCAGCCGGCGGGGAUGUUGUCCAGCAGAUGGGCGAUGAUAGAAUAGGGCCGCAGAUGGUGGGUGGAGGAAGACCACCUCGGCUGAGCGAAGGGACGACUGCAACUGGGAGCACGUCUUUUGAGGUGGAAGUCUGCCCGGUUGGUGGGGGCCCGCGAGCAGGAAAAGAACAAGAGCAAACUGUGGCACCUCUCGUGGUGAUAGGAACUGUUGCUGGCGGCCCGGCCAACUUGGUAGAUGGAGCCGCGCCAGCCCUGCCACCGCCUCCUGCCACGCUAGGAAGUGCGCAAGCUUUUGGUAGCAGCUUCCUGGAAAUGUUGCAACACCGAAAGUUGCAAAUUGCUGAUGUCAAGAAUGCGCUAAAGGAACUGAAGGACAGGCAGCGGGAAAUGAGGGAGAAACAGGCACUAAAGCAUCAGGAUAAAAUACAGGCGGAAAAAUCAAAAGACGAACCGCUCCAUUGGUCGGCGGCCUUGAAGAACUUCCUUCCGACUUGGCUUUCUGGGCACGAACAUGGCAGGUACCACGAGAAUGGGCAGGUAAAACGACCGCACAAAGACGAUCGCAGGAUACUUUCCGAAGUCUUGGCAAGAUUAAUGCACGCGAAAAGAAGUAGUUCUAGGUCUGGCGACUGGCAUUCGGGACACGCGCUUAGGGUCGUGAGGAGCGUUGACGACGGUCUGAGCACGCAUCUACAAGGAGACGACAAGAAGGUCGAUGAUGUGGAUGGUGCAGGUGCAACACUAUCCUUUCUGCAACUUAGAGAAGACGAUCACAGUGCCCAUGUGUACGGUGCGCUGGAAGAGGCUCUGGAAAAAAUGCUUCAUCAGAUUUCGGCGGUGAAGUCUGAGCGCAUGCUGAAGCGGCGCACAGAGGAUCCGCCGUUAAAACAUCUGCUAUCGAAGUUGCUAGAGAUCCAGAAGGAACAGCACGCGGGAAAAGUUUCUUUUGUGCAAAGUAGUGGACAGCCUGCGCUGGGUGCCGGAGCGCCAACCCCGAACGCCGAGCAGAUAUCUCCGCAGGGAGAGACGCAGCCGGACGCGACUGCUGGGCCCCCGGUCGCUGGGUCCAGAGGCAGCGCGCCCGGGCAGACGGCCGGGCCGGGUACCGGUGAAGGCGUGGGCGGGGCUAGUGACCAGCCCGAGCAGCAGCAGGUAGAGCCACCUCCCGAAAAAUCUAGUCCAAGUGCAGGGCUACCGGGACCUGAAUCUCCAACAAAAGAGGCACCGCCGGCUGCUCCGGAACAGGGCGCAGGAAGCCUGCCUCCGAGCGCUUCACCGAAUCAACAGACCAGUCCGCUGUCUCCAGGAGGAGAACCGGCUGCGGAGUCGCAGCAACCCGGUGAGCAGCAGAUUGCGGAACCGCCAGCGCAGCCGAGCGCAGAACAAGCGCCACAAGGACAACCGCCAGGCCGUGCGCCGCCGCGCGACGCGCAGACUCAACCGUCAACGCAACAACAGGGACCGCCACCGGGCCAACCGAGUUCUCCGCCACCACAGCAAGCGCAACAAAAUCCGGCCGUACCGGAGCGACCCGAAAAUUCUGACCCAGCGACUGUGCAAGCACAAACAGAUCAAGUUUCGCAGGAGAGAUCGUCUGGGCAGCCGCAGAGCAACUCGGCUGACGCGGAUGAGCAGCCCACUAAUCCGCCGGUGCCUGGAGCUCCGCCAGACGCGAAAGCACCACCCGUACCACAAGAGACUACACCAGACUCGGUCAAGCCUGUGUCGCCGCAACCAGAGCUGCCAGUUGGACCUCCUGAAGAACGAGCUAUGCCCCGGGGGCCGCCCACGCCGCAGCAGGGAGCUAACCCAGUAGCACCUUUGGAGGACCAAGCUCUGCCACAAGCGCCGCCCGCGCCCCCAGAAUUGCAGCAAGGUAAAGCCGAGGCGCCGUCUGCAAGGGUUGAUCACCAACAGCCACAAUCACAGCAAGCACGACCACAGCCUUCGCCUGAAGAACAAGCACAGGUGGUUCCGAGAGGACUACCGAUAAGCAUGUCGAACCCGGAGGACCCCCGGCGGUUACUGCUCUUGCUGUGCGGGUCGACCUUCGGCAAAACUCCGGAGCAGGUACGGCAGUGCGACGAGUUUCUGAAACUGACGGAGAAGAGAAAGGCGCACGAUUCAUCUCCGCACGACGUGGACGGCUGCGGAGGGGAAAUGAAGAACCGAUGCUACGACACUGCCGACCCCGGCUUUGCAAUCAACGUGGUCGCGAAAGGAUGGCUUGGGAGUCCAGAUAUUGGUUUUACGUACCGGGAUUUGCAGCAUCAGGGCCUGCGCGACUUCUACGGCAUGCUUAAGAUGGAGCAAGCGGGGGCGCCGCCAUCUGAAGGUCUCGGCACGGACGCACGCGCUCCGGCGAAUGGCGGCAAUGGCGCUGCAGGUGAUCUGGAAUCGUUCCUAGAAAAACGUUCGACAUUCGCGCGCCGAGAAGGAGGGGAUGGCGUCGAUACCGAAGCAGGUCCUUCGGACCAGCCUGAUAUCGGAGAUCGACCACCUGGAGCCGGAGAAAUGGGGCCUAGACCCACCGAUGGUUCGAGCCAUGGUGCGGACGAUGGACGAUCCCAACGAAAACUUCCUAAACCACCGGCACGAGGUCAGCAGCCCAACGACAGCGACGAGGACACGGCUGCGAUUACCGGCGUGCAGGUGGUGACAGUGUCUCCUCAGUCGCCACUCAGCGGGCAGCUCCAGACCGGGGACAUUUUGACGCACCUGAUCAUGAACGGCUUUGAGCACAAGAUAAACAAUGAGGGCCUGGUGCUCAUGACCUCGAAAGUCUUUGCGCAGACGAAACAGCUCGGCAAGGCUAUUGCCUCGUCCACUGCCGAGCUAGGCGAAACAAGUUCUGGCACGGAGGACGGAGCAGCGCCACCGGCGUCGGGCAGCGCUCCGGAGGAGUCCUCGGGUGGUGAAGCAUCCGGGGGAUCCGGGCCCGCUCCGCUUUCGAAGAAGGACAACCGUGGCAUCAACGUGAACUUCGAGGUUCUGAUCUCCAGUCUACCCGUUGACGGUGACGGCACGGGUCCGCGCGCAGCGCUACGCGUGUUCCGGCCACAAGCCAGAGGCACAGGUGGUUCGUUCUCGCUCUUGCCCCUGCUUUUCACGACCAAGUCCGGUGCUGGAAAGGACGAUUGCAUCAACCCCGAGUCGACAGCGGGGGUCGCGUUCGGCGUGAUUCCGGCUUUCGUGCCGCGUUUCUCCGACGAGCCUUGCUUGCGUGGGAUGUGCCACCCGGGGCUGUCUGCGGCGCGACUCGCAAAGAAUUUGGCCUUCAACGCGGGGCGGUACGUGAUUCUCGGUGGGGCUCUUUUCUCGGUGUUGAAUUCGCAACUGCUGGACCUGGCAGACUCGGUGGUCCCCAUGGGGACGAUGUGGGAGUUGAAUCGGUGGCAGCGACUAGCCGGCGAAGAGCCAGUAACCGUGUUGCGAAGCGUCGAAGGUGCCGACUUGCGCAUGUGUGCGGAGCUCGAGGAUUUUCGCUUGCGGUUGAUCCAGCAGGUCCGCGCCUCGUCCGAUCCAACAAGCGCGGCGCCGGGGCCGGCAGGGAAGGAUAUGUCUGCUCCUGGGCUGAGAGGCAAGAGGAAAAGCCAAAGUUCUAUCUUCGUGAAAAGCUUGCAGGACCUCGUAAAGAAGGUCGGCAGCGCACUGAAACAAGGUGGGAGUGGAAAGAAGGAUGUCGGCGGGAGCGACGGCGUGCCGGAACAAAAUGAAUCGCAGCAGGGCGAGUCCGAUACUAGCUCUUCUUCUGCAGCACAAGUUGCGAUUGUUGGCAAUGGAGAUGGUGGUCCUUUGCCCAUUCUAGUACAGUCUGGAGCUGCUACUUCACCACCUACAGGACCCACGACCGUUGUUGGCCCUUCCGCGGGUCUUCCCGGGAAUAUUCUAGAGGUGUUGCAGAGCAUGCAGAAUGGAGGACCGCAGCCGGAUGAGGAUAGCUUCGUCGAGUUUUUUCUUUCCGAUCGCGACGAUCUCUUGUCCGACAUGCCGGACCGCCUGCCUAAUUUUGUCAUUUCUCGGGAUUGUUUUCGCGCACCCGUCCCGAUGCCGGUGGUUUCGGAGGACCUGUGCGAGCUGUUUGCCGAAUCCUUCCCACGAGAUGUCGUAAUGGCAGCGAGGUCGUCGACCCCCUGCUUGGCGCGGUUCGUGCCGGAGGAGCGUGCAGGACCCAUGCAGGAGAUGCCGGGCGGCUUGAUCCCCGGAGCUGUGCUCGUCCGGCAACGCUGAGUCUCUUGGUUGGGACAAAGUUCUUUUUCGCCCAGUUUAAGUAAGUACUCGUAGUAUUAACAAAUGAAAUCGUGUAUGAUUCUUGAAGAUUCUUUGCGGCUUCUGUUCUUUUUUGAAUGAUUUUUUGAAAUGCACCCGCCAGCAUCGGAGCUGCAAACGCCAUCGUUGGAAACGUGAACAAUCAUUGAACUACUUUAGCUUCUGUUGACGGAAAAUGCACUUGUACGUAUGUUUCAGCUCCGCUGCUGGCAAACUCGUGAACUCAAGUUUUUUAAGAUGUAAAUUGUUUUCUUUUUCACUUCAAAUUCACAACAAUUUACUUACACUCGAAAGCUGAGAGAAUGAUCGAAUCAUUCACACUCGAAAGAAACUGAACAAUUUACACUCCAAUGUCAAACAAGACUGUAGUUGAGAUGAUAGGUCGCCG